AUGAUUGUCACUAAAUAUUUAAUGAGGCUCAAACUAUAACAAUCAAAAUUUAAUUUGAUGGGUAUCGAUUUAGGCACAGCAUUCACUGGAUUCAGUGUAACCUACAAUCUAAAAUAAGUUUUAGUUUAUGAUUUGCAUUAUAGUCCAUGCUAUUCACCACAUGAUUCAACAUUAUACAAAAAAAUAAUAGAGAUUAUCAAUAAAGAGAAAAUAGGAGGAAUUUUAAUAGGUAAACCUUCAUUCUAGAAGGGUUAUAUAGAUGAAUUUACUAAUGGUUUAGAAAGUAAUUUAAUUGUUGCAGGGUUGAAAACAUACAUUACAUAAGUAGGAGAAGAUUACACUACUAGUCAAGCAAGAAAAAUAUCUAAAACAAAUAAUAAGUUUUUGCAUGAUGGCAUGGCAGCCAUGCUGAUUUUAUAAAAUUUCUUAAAUGAUUUAUGA